CAGAGCAGAUGUGACUCAGAAACCGGUUUCUCAGGCUUGUAACUUUAGAUGAUGCACAGCGUGGGUCAUUACCGGGUAACCAAUGCCUUUAUUUCAUUGGGUUGGGCCCUCUAGAAGGUGGUGUUGCUGUCUGUGUCGCUGGAAAUGCACUCACAGGUGUGGAAAGAAAGGGUUUGCCACUGACCUGGACUUCUGGGACCUUUCUCUCUGCCGGGAAGCAUUUUGAUGUUAAUCAGGAAAACCUACGGAAGAUUCGAGAAGCUGUGGGGGUGAAGUAAGUCUGUGAGAGACCAGCAUGGGGAUCCUAUACUCUGAGCCUAUCUGCCAGGCAGCCUAUCAGAACGACUUUGGUCAAGUGUGGCGGUGGGUGAGGGAGGACAGCAAGUACAUCAACGUUCAAGAUGGCUUCAAUGGAGACACUCCCCUGAUCUGCGCCUGCAGGCGAGGGCACCUGAGAAUCGUUUCCUUCCUUUUAAGGAGAAAUGCUGAUGUGAACCUCACAAACCAGAAAGAGAGAACCUGCUUGCAUUAUGCCGUGAAGAAAAAAUUCACCUUCUUUGAUUAUCUACUCAUUAUCCUCCUAAUGCCUGUCCUGCUCAUUGGAUAUUUCCUCAUGGUCUCCAAGACAAAGCAGAAUGAGACUCUUGUCCGAAUGCUCCUUGAUGCUGGCGUGGACAUUAAUGCUGCAGACUGUUACGGCUGCACGGCGUUACAUUAUGCCUGUGAAAUGAAAAACCAGACCCUCAUCCCUCUGCUCCUUCAAGCCCAUGCAGACCCCGCGGUAAGAAAUAAGAAUGGUGAGAGCUCCCUGGAUAUUGCACGAAGAUUAAAAUUUUCCCAGAUUGAAUUAAUGCUAAGGAAAGCAUCCUAACCCUGUGGCCUCAGAUGGAGAAGUAGAAACAGUUAAAGGACUGGAUCCUGUCUGCAUCUUGGACUAUUGGUCUGCGGGCCACUCAACUGGAUGCAGCCAUUUUAUGGCGAUGAUGACGGUUGCCAUGGAUAAUGUUUUUGAAGAGCUCUGUAGUCAUGCUUUUGCUCAAUGCACUUCACCAUGGCCCCAAUCCUUCCAGGGGAAACACUAAAGCUGUUGAAUUCUCCACUUCAGGCAAAAUGUGAUGUUUCAAAAUCAGUCCCUCCUGAAGUAGAGGAUCCGUGUUAUCUCGGACAGUGAUCUCUUCUCAGUUGUGUGCUCUGAUGGAGGCUGUCCUGUCCCAGGAGACACUGUUCCUCUCAGGCCCCUUUAAGCAGUGAGAGGGGCGAAAGUGUGUAUAUUUGUAUAGAAUGGUGUAUGUAUGUGUGUGGGUUUAGAGGUUCACAUGUGGAUGUUCCUUUGGCAAAACAACUUCAGCAAAAACAUUUAUCAGUUGUCAGUGGUGGCAGUUUUUCACCACCGAAAUUGGCAAAUGCUAAAAUCAAGCCUUUUAUUUUUUUCUUUCUCGAGAACCAGUUUACCAACACACUGCUAAACAUUUUGCUAUCAGUUUACAAAUAAAGGCUAUCUUGAUUUUGAC